AACAAUGAUGAAAAUGAAUUCUCUGUUGAGGAAAUGCAAGAGCCUUUCAAGGCAAUUGGGGAGGUCCUCUUCAUACAGCAGUUUGAGGUCCAAAUCCACAAGGGAAGAUCUAUGGGUUUGUGAUAGAACGAUGGAAGAACACGAAGAACGCGAAGAACACGAAGAACGCGAAGAACACGAAGGGUUUGAAAAGGUGAGUGGCAGUAAUGUAAUUAUCUAUGUUGGGAGUACAAGGAAGAGAUAUGCAAUAAGUUCAAAGUAUUUGAGCCAUCCUUUGCUUAAUGCUCUUAUUGAUAAAUCAAAGCCUCCUAAGGGUAAUAAUGAAGAUGAUGAUGAUGAGUGUAUUUCAGUGAGAUGUGAAGUUGUUCUGUUUGAUCAUCUCUUGUGGAUGUUGGAGAAUUCUGAUCCGAAUAUUUGUUUUGAUUCUAAUUUAGAGGAAUUGGCUGAGCUUUAUGUGUUUUAAAGUUCCGAAAAUUACUCGAACUCGAAUUGAAACUGGAACCGGCCCGAGAGAGAGAGAGAGCGGUUGUUUCUCUCUUGAGCUCGUUCGGUACGUAUUAGGGUUUCGUUUGGU